GUAGCUCCUCCCAACCGCCAACGGCAGUAUGAUGAAGAGUUGUAACGGGGUCCCGUAGUGAGUCCUCCUAUCUGGUGGGGGCGCUAUGAUUGGGAGUCGGAAUGGGUGCCGUGAACGCGGUGCGGAGUGGGAAACGGUGUGUCUGGGCAGGAGGGAGUAGAGAACACGGCCAAGGAGGGGGAAAAACUGUGAAAAUUGACUCGGCUGUGCGACGAAUGACUUCUUUGACGUAACCUUGUUCGGACAAAAACUCAAAAGCUUUCUAUUUCGAAAUUUAAAAGAAACCCGCGCGUUCGCUGGAGUUGAGGAAAAUGUCGGAAAAUCAGCCCAACAACCCGAACCGGGUGAGAAACAACAACCUGAACCCGAACCCGCUCAUCAAUGUCCGGGACCGGCUCUUCCACGCACUCUUCUUCAAGAUGGCCGUAACAUACGCCAGGGUGUUCCCCCCAUCUUUCCGCAGAAUGUUUGAGUUCUUCGUGUUGUUGAAGGCUCUCUUUGUCCUUUUUAUUUUGGCCUAUAUUCACAUUGCCUUUUCUCGCUCUCCAAUCAAUUGCUUGGAGCACGUCCGCGAAAAAUGGCCAAGAGAUGGGAUCCUCCGUGUAGAAAUCCAACGCAAUUCUAGUCGUGCCCCCAUUUUCCUUCAGUUCUACGAAUCAGAAAAUUUUGCUGGUAUGGUAAAGGAGCCAACAGAAGAUGAAGAAGAGCUGUCAGUAGAAAUGUUUGAUAACAGCUCUAUACAGUUUGAACUCGACAUUGAACCCAAAGUGUUCUUAAAGCCCUCACUUGGAAACAAAGCAGAAGUUGUAACGCAGGUGGUACAUAAUGAUAGCCAGGGGCUCUCGUUCACUGAGGCACCUAGUAAAGGUAUGCAGCCUCUGCAGGAAACAGUCUCCGAGUUUGAGAUGCUAACAAGAGCAGGUAAAAUUUUAACACUGUCGGUUUCAAUGCUGUUACGUUACUCUCAUCAUCAAAUUUUUGUCUUUAUUGUUGAUUUGUUGCAGAUGUUGGAGAUGAACAUGACAAUUGCAUUUCCUGCAGCUCCUUUACUUACUGUGAUACUAGCACUUGUUGGGAUGGAAGCCAUAAUGUCUGAAUUCUUCAAUGACACGACGACAGCAUUUUACAUUAUUCUAAUAGUUUGGCUUGCAGACCAGUACGAUGCAAUUUGUUGUCAUACUAACACCAGCAAACGGCACUGGCUUAGGUUCUUUUACUUGUAUCACUUUGCCUUUUAUGCCUACCAUUAUCGCUUCAAUGGGCAGUACAGCAGUUUGGCUUUGGUGACGUCAUGGCUCUUUAUUCAGCAUUCAAUGAUCUACUUCUUCCAUCACUAUGAGCUACCUGCCAUCCUUCAGCAAAUUCGCAUUCAGGAAAUGUUACUGCAGAAUCAACAGGCUGGCCAGGCCAACCAGACAACACUUCAGGACAACCUCAACAACAACACUGCAAUAGAUAGCACACAGCCAAGUCCAACUGACACAGGCAACCAUCUUACAGCUGGUUCUGAUGCAGCCCAGCUUAGUGGUACUCCCAGCUUGGCUGAUAGCAUUCAGCCUAAUCGCAUGCAGAAUCCAAGCUCUGAGGUCACACCAUUAAGUGGUGAUCUGAACUGGGUGGCAGAAACUGCUGCUAUCAUAUCAGAAGGUAUUGCAGCUCCAGAACGGAAUACACCCACAGAGAGCUCCAGCAACAUGACUGAGCCAUUAAGCAAUGGCAACUCCAAUACCGAGGAUCUAUUAAAUGAUUCUAAUGCCAUUGAUCAUAUACAACCUGGUGCAAGUUCUGAAGAAAACAAAAAAGCAGUGUCUUCACACAGUGGUGGCCUUCAAAAAGAAAUGGACCAUAACACGUUAAAUUAUUGUACAGCAGAGAAUGAAGAGGUGGUUCUCACUAAAACUGACCAUGAGGACAUGUCUGCCACAGGAGAUAUUGAGACCUAUGGGCUUCUACCUCUGCAUGGUAGUGACACUAGCAUUGAGCAAUCACAAAUGGACCAUGGAAGCCAAUCUAGUGUUUCAAACAGUUCUCUAACAGAGACAAGCGGUCACAGCAUUUCAAGAACCUCGUGACUCUUAUUUUCUGUUCUAUAUGGAAAUUUGUUAUUGGAAGAUCUUUUUGCAAAGUUCACAGCAAGUGUAUGGUAGAGUGUGUGUGGGGGAAUUACUAUUACAUCGUGUUUUCAUUUGUAAAACUAAAAAUAUCCCAGUGCUUUCAGUUGGUUCCAUGAAAUGGAGAGUGGAGGGCAGAAGCAGCAUGCUGUUCAGUGAGCAUUAGUGGUAAGAGCUCAAUUGGAACAAUUAACUCCUGCAUUCAGUCACCGAAUCCAUGUUCUUUAGCACAGCUGUGUGUUACUGAUAUUUGAGCUAAAGUACUGAGGAACACUGACAGUCUAUAAAAUGAGGAAGACUGCCCUUCAAAAAAAGAGAGCAGCUGAUUCCACAGCUGGAUACAAAAAAGGCAAAUGUCUGAAUGGCAGUAGAAGAUGGCUUGUUUCUUUGAACUCACAGUAUACAUGUAAGUUGAUUCCACAGUGCAAUAAGUUGAUGUGUAUUGAUUCUAUUCUGCAAGGUCUCGUUACCUGAAAGACUCUUAGAAGUCUUGUUUCUUGAACUGGUGCCUAAGUAUAGGAGAGAAUUGAAAGGUAGUAGUGUCAGAAAUUCCCUGUAACUUCUAAUAAACUUUGAAUCUAACUAAUUUGGAUCUGAUUCUGAUUGACUUUUCCGUUGACAAUAUUGUAUUUAAAUGUAAUGUGAGAGCUUCUGUCUUUGUAUAUAUUAAAAUAAAUGAGAUCUAAACAUG